CACUCUCCUUCCCCCCCUGCGAAAAAAUCAACCUUCACAGCCCGACGGAAUAAAUAAAUAAAAAAAAAAUAUCCGAAUUUGAAUUGUUUCCGCAGCCUAGUCAUACGCUUUCUGCACGGAAGUCGUAACAGAUCAUCGAUUAUUUCUCAUUACAGAUUAGAAAUGAUCCGAUUCAUUCUAUUGCAAAACAGGCAAGGCAAGACUCGUCUCGCCAAAUAUUAUGUUCCUCUUGAAGAUUCCGAGAAGCACAAAGUCGAAUACGAGGUGCAUCGAUUAGUUGUUAACAGAGAUCCAAAAUUCACAAAUUUCGUUGAGUUCCGGACGCACAAGGUUAUCUACAGGCGAUAUGCUGGAUUGUUUUUCUCACUUUGCGUUGAUAUAACAGAUAACGAAUUAGCAUAUUUAGAGUGCAUCCAUUUAUUUGUGGAGAUAUUGGAUCAUUUCUUCAGCAACGUGUGUGAGCUCGAUUUGGUAUUCAACUUUCACAAGGUUUAUUUGAUACUUGAUGAAUUCAUUCUUGCUGGAGAGCUCCAAGAAACAAGCAAGAAGGCAAUUAUAGAAAGAAUGGGAGAAUUGGAGAAGCUCGAGUAAAUUCCGGCAGUGGAAGUGUUGAAAGGCUUUGUUUUUCUGUAAUUUCUUUUACCUUUAUUUUUCUUCCUCGGCAUCCUCUUGCUCAAGUAGGCACAGCUUCUCUUUCUUCUUCCCUUGUUAAUUUUUAUGCCAGGAGUUCACAUCUCUGUACAUUUCUUUCUUUGAUUGCGAGUUGUGCGACAGUUUCAUCAACUAUUUGUUAGAAACAAAAUUUGUUUCAAGCAAUUUAGGUAUGGAUAUGGAAAACAGUUUUUUUUUU